GCAAAACCAAAGAAGAAAAUGUUACCGAGUUGUACCGAGUGAAUCAGAAGUUCAGAACAGAAACCCCCAACUUCCACCUCACUCUUAAACCCUAGACUUUCAUCAGUCCCCCCACAUCACUCCCCAGAAGCUCAAAGCUCAGCCAAAACAAUGGCGAAUCGGCGAUGCGUUCAAACCUUAACCCGUCAUUUAACAUAUCUUCUAUCUCCAAACCCAUCUUCACUACAUUCCCUCACUUCCCUUUCCCCUCAAACCCUAACCCCAGCACUCCUCAAUUCCCUUCACACACUAACUCCCUCCCCAAAAUGCCCCCACGUUAACACUAAACUUUCAUCUUUCCACCGGCAUUUCUGUUCCAAUCGACCGAAUAAAAGCGACGAUGACGAGGAGGGAAGUGAAGAAGAAACUGAUGAUGAGGAUGAUUAUAAUGAUGAUGACGUGGAGAGUUUGAAGUCGAAUAGUGAUCCCAGUAGAGAGUACACUCCGGAGGAGAAAGAACACGAGGCAGCUGAAAUUGGGUAUAAGGUAAUUGGCCCACUUCAGAGAUCGGACCGGGUUUUCAAACCGUAUGAGCCCGUUUUUGCAGUUAUUCAGAUUGGUUCUCACCAGUUUAAGGUGAGCAAUGGUGAUUCCAUUUUUACUGAGAAAUUGAAGUUCUGUGAAGUCAAUGACAAGUUAAUACUUAACAAGGUUCUGCUGCUGGGCUCUACGGAUCAGACAAUCAUAGGAAGGCCUAUAUUGCCGGAUGCUGCUGUUCAUGCUGUCGUUGAGGAGCAUGCAUUAGAUGCUAAAGUACUUAUAUUCAAGAAGAAGAGACGGAAGAAUUAUCGGCGAACACGAGGGCAUCGACAGGAAUUAACAAAAUUGAGGAUCACGGAUAUACAAGGAAUUGAGAAACCUGAAGUGGCACCCCCUCUUAAAACUGAGAAGAAAAGUGUUAAGAAGGUAGCAGUAGCAGCUUAAAGAUGCUAAGAAGUUCAGUAAUAGUUGAGUAAGGGAGUUUGGGCAUAUACAGCUGACACGGCUCAGCAUUUUUUAUUGUCAUAUUGUCUUAUGAAUUUUAUCUGAGAACGCAGAUGCCACAUGUGGUCAGGUGUAAAACUGGCACAAGAUGGAGGGCAAUGAUUUUGUUGUAGGCUUAACAUAGUCGAAUCUUGAGGAAGUAUAUUUGCUUACAAGGACACAUCGCCUAUAAAGCAUAGAGAAUAAUAUUUUCUUGUAGAGGAGUAUGCCCUACUCUUAAGUCAUUGGCGUUUUCAUCGUUUCUUUGCUGGCUUGCGCUUUCCGUAUGUGUUGUUAUAUUGCACGGCUUCAGCUGUUGGACUAUGCAAAAUAUGGCAAGAUAUGAUCAGCUUUGGUUGAAUAGUUUGGUUUUGC